GGCCACAGUAAACGCCGCAGCUAGGGAACAGGUUGCCGCAGCAGUCAGGGCAUUAGAGAUGUCUUCUGCAGCAGCAGCAUCCUCGGUUGCGUCUUCAUCUGCGACCAAUGGGACCAUGUUGGGAAUGCCAACAAGUUCCACGGGCACUUCCAGUUUAAUGGGUUCUCGACAGUCUACUAGUCAAAUGGCGGGCUCGCAGUUCAGCCCGUUGACCCCACGUGAGAGGGAGCUCAGAGAGAUCCAACAGGUCGAGAGGCUCCGCCAGAAGUUAGAGGAGGACCUGAAAAAGGCAACCGAUAGGGAAAGAGAGAUAAAAAAUAGAGCAGCCAGGCUUGAUACUUUAGAGGCUGACAAGGCUGAGUUAGAGGGCUUGGACGAGUUAGCAUUGACUGACCAAAUGAAAGUACUGAAGAAGAAUAUGUUGUCGCUGCAUGCGAACGUGGACAGCAGAUUAGACUUGAUGCAAAGCACUCUAGACCAGAUCCUGGAUGUAUUGACAAGGCCAGGAUGUAGGCCACCAGCACAAUCGUCGUUGCCGUUAUCAGCGAUAUCAGGCCCCUUUCCAGUUCAGGCUGGCACACAGCCAAGUGGUACGUCUGCAGCAGUCGCACAGACUGUUGCAUCUUCUUCUUCGGGUCCAGCGGUGGGAGCUACACCACCGCAACAACCUAUUCCUCAACAGGGACAGCAACAAGGUCAAUGGUACCCCAAGACCCCAAUGAAACCGCCUCUUGCCUUCUCGGGCGAGAGGAAGGACGAAGAACUCAACACAUGGUUGAGGACAGUCCCGAUUUGGGUAAAGGCCAAGAGGACCUUGGUAGAGGACGAAGUGGUAACCGCUGCAUCUUACCUCGAGGGUAAGGCAACCAAGUGGCUAGAUGGGGUAGUUGUAAAGGCCGGGUAUGGGCGACGCAUGGCGGACUGGGCUAAGUCUCUGACGUUUGACCAGUUCAUGGAAAUGGUAGAAGCUCGAUGGCAUAAUCCACAGGAGGCACAAAGAGCCAUUGAUGCGAUUAACAAGCUGGACCAACGAAAGUUCAAGUCGGUCAGAGAGCUUACGACUACCGUUGAGAGCCUGAUCCUCGUCCCAGGCAUCAACUACAAUGACCGGUUCCUGUUAACUACGUUUGUUAGAUGUUUACCAGAGAACAUCAGAAACUUACUGGCCAGCGAGGCACGCACUGAGUACCAUUCGUUUGAGACACUGUCUAAGAAAGCCUUAGAUUUGGAGGCCACGCUAGGCAAUGCUCAACCAACCUCUCAGAUUGACACGAGGAAGAAGAAGAGUCCUCAGGAGUGGAAGAAGAAGGGGGCUAAGUUGAUGAUGGUUGAGUCCGAUGGGACUCAAACGGAGAUCGACGAGCUCACUGACCUGAUGGACUAUACAAAAUUUGACGGCGAGGAGGUAGCUGAGGGUAGCACCCUCGCCGCGGUAGUCAAGACUAAGGCAGGUGGCCGAGGGAAGGGCCAACCUAGGAGUCAAGGAAAGGCCGCCUCCAAUCAGACCAAGCAGGCUGAAUGGGUGAAGGCAGGUCUUGACCAAGACGUGUGGCGUGACCGCCGAGUACGUGGACAGAGUGUUUCCAUGGAUUUCAUGGACACCCUGGUGACUAGUAAGAGUGGCAAGAGGCACAUCUUUGUCAUCAUCGAUCGAUUCACCAAGUACGCUAGACUAGUGGCAAUGCCAGAGACCGCAAGAAUUGACUAUGUCAUCAAGUUGUUCAAAGACAACUGGGUGCGUGACUUUGGCUUACCAAAGUCCAUCAUUAGUGACCGAGAUGUCCGAUUCACAAGUGAGUUGUGGAAGAAGACCGCAGAACAGAUGGGCAGUCAACUUCAGAUGACUUCAGGGAAUCAUCCCGAAGCCAACGGACAAGCCGAGCAAAUGAACAAAGUUGUACAACACUUGCUGAGGCACUACAUCAAGCCCAGUCAGGAUGAUUGGGAUGAGCAGUUGCCUCUCAUCGCCAGCCUGUACAACAAUGCUGUCCACAACAGUACCGGUGUUAGUCCUAAUCAACUUCACUUGGGAUGGAAGCCUAGAUCAGCGUUAGACUUCCUCCUACCCGAAAACCGACCCGCUGCAACUCCAAGCACACUUGAGUAUGGUGUGCAAUAUGAGAAGUUGCUGCAAGAAGUUGUCGAGCACAUGAAGAAAGCUCAACAAGCAAUGAUUGCUUCUGAGAAUCAACGCCGUAGGCAGUCCACAUUUCAGGUAGGGGAACGUGUCUGGGUCAAGGCUAGUGAGUUAGGACAGGAAUUCAGAAUCUCUCGCAAACUAAUGCCUCAGUACUUUGGUCCCUGGGAGGUCCUGGAUAUAGUGGGAGAUGAGAUGGAUGGUCCCACAUAUGUCAUUCCUGUCCCUGGACACCUACGCACUCACCCAGUCUUUCAUGCCUCAAAGCUUGCACCUUUCGCUGAGACAGAUCAAUUCCCUUCCAGGAGAUCGAUGCUGCCCCCAACCAUGGAUGGUCAAGUGGACAUCGACCGGUGGUUCACCAGAGAGGAACUGAUUGACACAGCUCCUCAGGUGGUGGCAGAAUAUGAGAAGAAGCUAAAAGGGAAGGCACCUGUGAAGUAAGCAUCUCAGCGGACUUUCGAAGCUAACGGGGAUGGAAUGUGAGGAUUGAGCCCUCAAGUAGGGGCCUUGCCAUGAUGUACAUGUUCUGGGCUAAGGCCCCACCAAGCCUCGUGCCCGCCCUAAGUGAAGGCGGGCCAGCAAAUCAACAAGAGCCCUCUGU